UUUGCCUUUGAAACCUUUAUCUCAGGAAGCUCACAGGACUUGCUGAUAAGCUCCGUGGACGAACUCGCAUCGGUAUUUUGUGCGCUAUCGGAAUGUUUGGUGCACAAACUGUAUUGACUGCUAUUAUUAUUCGGCAUUUAGGAAAGGAGCGUGUACGUGUGCGCGCAUGGGGGCGCGUCCCUGCAGCUUUAAGUUUUAAAGUUGCAAGUGUCAAGAAUCUUCGAUUGUGGUUCUGACGCCACUUUUGCUCCAGUGAACCGACUGGUGUUUGGUUUCGGUGCAGAAAACUGGAUGACGCCAACAGGUUCCUUGGACACUUCUGAUCCCCUCCUAGCAUAAUGAAUCCUCAGGUAGUCCUGGAGGAGGAGGAAACUGAAGGCUCGUGGAUGCUGUCCUGGCUGGCUUCUUGCCUCAUGGUGAUUGGAGGUGCCCUGCCUUACGUGCCCCAAUACCAGGAGAUCCAGAGGAGCAGCAACACUGAAGGCUUCUCCACCAGAGUGUGUCUAGUCUUGCUCAUAGCCAACAUCCUGCGAAUCUUCUUCUGGAUUGGAAAGCAGUUUGAGUUCACCUUGCUGCUCCAAAGUGUGGUGAUGAUACUCACCAUGUUUGCUAUGCUCCACCUCUGCUGCUUUGUCCAAAACAGCAACCGCGUGAGCACCAAGCAGCACCGACUUACAGACUUAGAUCUACACUACUUCUGGAAGUGGAAUGCGUUUGAGGACUACCUACUCUUCUGUUUCGGCCUCAGUGUCCUAUGUGCAGUGGUCACCAUAAUCCUGCUGGACUCUGCCGUGUUUGUAGAGAUGCUGGGCUCCCUGGCUGUGAUGUUUGAGGCCAUGCUGGGCCUCCCUCAACUAAUGCAGAACUUCCAGAACCGCUCUACCAAAGGCAUGAGUGUGAAGAUGGUGCUGCUGUGGAUGGCCGGAGAUGUCUUCAAGACAUCCUACUUUCUGAUCAACCAAAGCCCAUCUCAGUUCUGGGUGUGUGGUUCUGUCCAGAUCCUAAUUGACAUGGCCAUUCUCCUCCAGGUGCUCUUCUACAGCCAGGACAGCCGUAUCAAGCUAGGCUGAAGAAGACAGCACAGGAACUUUUCUUCAGGUGUGAAGAUAUAAAACCAUAAGUGAAAUGUUGUUAUUUGCUGGGAAGACUUUAGCUCUUAAUGGAACUUUUAUUUUUAUACACCACAGUUUUAUCCAUGAGGAACCUCCAACUUAGAUUUCCAAAGAUAAAGCAACACUUACUGUAGCUGUGCUUUUAGUUGUUUUUAGUUAUAAGAGACUGAACCAGACAGUUCUUUUUCGUGGGCAUAGGGAGUGUAAGAGGCAGACAUUACUCACAUUGGCAGCUCCCUAACGGCAGUUCUGUGAAGCUCUAAUGGCAGCUGUAACACACAGUCUUGCACCAGUAGACCUCCACUGGCCUCUAUCGCUUGACUGAUGAGUCUCCCACUCCACACUUCACCAGAUUGGUCCCAUGUCAUGCAAUGUGUGUUUGCGUGUGUGUGCACAUGUGUACUUUUCCGAUAGUGGAGACCUGUUAGAAUACCUGCUGAUGUGUGCUCGCAGCCAAUUUCGAUUUUUGCCGUUGGGAGUGCCAAGCCAGGCAGCACAAUGUUCAGCUACUAAUGGCCUCUGCAAAAGCCACCAGUCUGUGUUAAGACUCAACUUAUGAGCUUGAUUGACAAGGACUGAAGUUAUUAACAUAUAAAACAAUCUUGAUUUAGACUUCUUUGGAAAUAAGGUUAAUCACAUUGAGAUUCAGCUUUUUGACUAAUGAUGUCGCUCUUUAAUGAAUUCAUAAUUUCGUAGUGAAUGUACUGUAGAGAAUAUGGGCAAUCGACGUCUUUGGUAUGAAAUGUGUUAACACUCUUGUUGAUGCAAGUCUUGUCAUAGAAAAUACGAUUUAAUCGUAUUCUUCAAUUGUAUCUCGAAAUGUACAUUGUUUUCAAAUAUUCCAAAGCAUUUGGCGGUAGAGAUGGGAAAAUGAAGCUUCAAGAUGAUUCACAAACCAGUUGGGACUUUGCCCACCACAGGGCUGAAGGCAUACUGACUUGCCAUUUCUUUAACCCAGUAGAGUAAAAAAUACAUCUGAUUCAUGAAGCAAAUUUGAAGCUUAAUUUCCCAUAACCAUUUGGCUGUAACGGGGAAAAUACUUUACAGUAAUUCUUGCUGGGGUUACGCUAAAAA